AACUAAGAACGCCGGGAAGUGAAAUAUUUUCUCGACCACAUUUUUGAGGUAGGAAAAAUCGAUCAGUCUUGCGAAACUGAUACUUAAGAGGAGUAACAAAUCACAAUUGGAGCAUUUUGUUGAAAUUAGCACUUGAAUAGCUCAGAAAUAUCAAAGGAAAUUAUUAUUUAAAUUAGAAUCCUUUUACUUCAUCCUAAUUACGUUGGGGCUUUAAAUUUCGCAGUUAUGGGAAUAUUUAGCAAACUUGCCGAAUGGCUAGGUGUCAAGAGAAAAGAAUGCAACAUAGUUGUAGUAGGCUUAGAUAAUAGUGGAAAGACCACUAUUCUGAACAAAUUGAAGCCGGAUGAUUCACAGACUUCUGAUAUUGUACCAACUAUCGGUUUCAAUGUGGAGAAUUUUUCAUCCAAAUCACUACAAUUCAAUGCCUUUGAUAUGUCAGGCCAAGGCCGUUAUCGUAACUUAUGGGAACAUUAUUAUAAAGAUUGUCAGGGUGUGAUAUUUGUAAUUGACAGCGCUGAUAAAUUACGAAUGCCCGUAGCAAAGGACGAAUUGGACCAGCUGAUUCAACAUCCAGAUUUAGUUUCAAAAAGAGUACCAGUUUUAUUUUUUGCAAAUAAAAUGGAUCAUAGGGACGCAUUAUCUAGUGUCAAAUGCUCGACACUGCUGAAGUUGGAUGAAAUAAGCAACAAACCAUGGCAUAUUUGCGCAAGUAAUGCGAUAACAGGAGAAGGUCUUGAUGAGGGUGUAAACUGGCUUUCAGAUCAAAUAAAGUCAUACCUAAGAGAUCUCGAAAGAAGAAGAAGAUAAGAAAUUUGAUCUCAAAAAUCAGAUUCUAAAUUGACAUAAUAUGUUCUGUUUUUUUUUCGUCUUUAUUGUCUGUGAUAAUAAUUAAACCAUUAAUUAAUUAAUUUGUCAAAAUUAUAAACGAAACUUUUCAAUGAUUGAUUGAUUAUGUUCAACAUAAAUUUCAAUCGAAAAACAAUGUAUCUGUCUUUGCCGUGGAGUCACAGCUCUAACUAGGAAAACUAUACAAUAAAGUGUAAGACAUUUAAUAAAUUUAAACCAAAAAUUCG